AUGAGUGGCAGAUUUGUACGAUCUUCCAAGUAUCGCCAUGUUUAUGGCAAUCCCGCGAAGAAGGAGGUGUCGUUUGACAAUGUCAAGGUACGUUUCCAACAAUGUACGUAUCCAAACCACGGCUUACCACAGGCAUGGGACACCAAUCUCCUGUCGUGUAGUGGCACGUUUGUGUCACUAAACUGGCAAGUGUCCGGUGGCGGCGCUUUUGCGCUUCUGCCACUGGACCAUCCAGGCAAGCUCCCCGACUUGUAUCCUUUGUGCCGCGGCCACACGUCGGCUGUGCUGGACACAGCGUUCAGCCCCUUUGACGAUGAAGUUCUUGUGAGUGGUGGCGACGAUGCACAGCUGUCUGUGUGGAAGGUGUCGCAAGACGAUAUUGUCUCGCGAUUAGAAUCGGCGAAAAAGACGGGUUCCAUGGAUGACAUCAAGCCGCAAGCUAGCUUUAACGCCGGUAAACGUCGUGUUGGUCAAGUGGAAUUCCAUCCCACCGCAGCGAAUGUGGUUGCUGCCGCUACUGGUGAUGUCGCCAUCAAGCUCUUUGACAUUGAAGCGCAAAAGGCUCGUGUAGAACUGCGUGGUUUUGGCGACGCAAUCCAGUCCAUGGCCUUUGACCAAACCGGCAGCUUGAUGGUAGCGACGUGUCGCGACCGUAAACUGCGCCUCUUUGAUACACGUGCGCCUGAUAACGUGCAAGUGGUAGACAGCCAUGGCGGCAUAAAAGGCGCUCGUGCUGUGUGGUGUGGUGAUAAGCCACGUAUUAUCACGACAGGCUUUAGCAAGAUGUCGGAGCGUCAGAUGUUUUUGUGGGAUGUGCAGCAACUCGCUAAGCCGAUCAAGACGGUGGCACUGGACAGCAGCAAUGGUAUUAUCAUGCCGUUCUGGAGCGACAACAACAUUGUGUUCCUGGCUGGCAAAGGUGAUGGUAACAUCCGCUACUAUGAGCUGGAGUCAGAUGAACUGCACUACCUAACAGAGUACAAGUCGAUCGAGCCACAAAGCGGAAUGACGUUCCUUCCACGUCGUGCGCUGAAUGUGAACGAGAAUGAGAUCGCGCGUGCGUACAAAGUGACCAGUGCCAUGGUCCAGCCGCUUUCGUUCUAUGUGCCUCGCAAGGCGGACUCGUUCCAAGCGGACAUUUUCCCUCCCGCGCCUUCCCUGGAGCCGGCUAUGACAGCGUCGGAGUUCUUUGAUGAGAAAAAGACACGCGUUCCCAACUUGAUGAAUUUUGAAACAAAACAGACGAUUGCCAGCUCAGAUGUGGCCCCAUUGUCAAUGGCUAGCACGGCUCUGUCUUCAGAGACGCCGAAAGAGGAAGUCUCCAAGACGGAUCCAGAAGCAAAGGAGGCAGCCAAGAGGGAACCAGAGGCCAAGAAAGAGGCAGCCAAAGUGAGCGAGAAGGAGCCAGAGGCAAAGAAGGAAGAAAAGGGGGAGCCCACGACUCAUCCGAAAGAGGAGACCACAGCGGCGCCGAAAGAAGACGCGAAGGCAGAACCGAAAGAGGAGGCUUCGCAGGCCAAGGGAGCGCCUAAGGACACCAUGCAAGAAGAGGCCAAGGACGUUCAGAAAGACGAAGGCACAGCGUUGAAGUCCAGCGAGCUGCCAACCACCUCGACAGGCGCGCCCAGCAAGGCGGCACCGGCUGCGGCGGCUGCCACUACGGUCACAGCCACCACAGCCACAUCGGCUUCCACGACCUCCAUGGCUGCGCUAGAGAAGGAGAUUCAGGCGCUCAAGACCCAAGUCGCUGAGCGUGAUACACGCAUCCGCGAACUGGAGAUGGAAAACCUGAAAUUGCGCACCAACCAGCAGCGCGUGAGGGACGUGCUGCUGAGUUCGACGUAG